GGUGGGGUGACCAGGGACCCUAAAGCUCUGGGAAGUGAGCUAAGAGACUAAGAGACUUAGGAAGCUUGUAGCGCCCAGCGUUUGCGCUCCAGAGUGAACGUAGGGUAUCCCUGCUCAGAAGUGUGGUGUCCAGGGGUCUGUGGAGGGAUCGGCCUGCGAAGCUGGUGAGAAGACAACCAUCAUGGCGGUGGAGUUUGACGGGGGUGUCGUUGUGGGUUCUGAUUCCCGGGUGUCAGCAGGAGCCGCAGUCGUGAACCGCGUGUUCGACAAGCUCUCCCCGCUGCACCAGCGCAUCUACUGUGCCCUCUCAGGUUCUGCAGCUGAUGCCCAAGCUAUAGCCGACAUGGCCGCCUACCAGCUGGAGCUGCACGGGUUGGAACUGGAGGAGCCGCCCCUCGUUCUGGCUGCUGCAAACGUGGUGAAGAAUAUCUCCUACAAAUACCGUGAGGACUUGUUAGCGCAUCUCAUAGUAGCUGGUUGGGACCAACGUGAAGGGGGCCAGGUGUAUGGAACCAUGGGAGGGAUGCUAAUCCGACAGCCCUUUACCAUCGGUGGUUCCGGAAGUUCCUACAUUUACGGUUAUGUGGACGCAGCUUAUAAGCCGGGCAUGACCCCCGAGGAGUGCCGGCGCUUCACCACAAAUGCCAUCGCUCUGGCCAUGAACCGAGAUGGCUCUAGCGGAGGUGUCAUCUACCUGGUCACCAUUACAGCUGCUGGUGUGGACCGUCGAGUCAUCCUGGGAGAUGAGCUGCCAAAAUUCUACGAUGAGUGACUAACCCCCAGAAGUCCCUUCCUUGUUUGUAAUAAACUUUAUGGAAACAGGCUGGUGUGAUGGGCAGAGGUGAAAUGGAUAUCAGAGGGAUGCAGUGUGUGGAGGGAAGCUUCCUCCCUGGCCCUGAGAUCAGUGUGACCCUUCCAUUCUUUUUAAAAAAUAAACUUUAUUAUUUAAAAAAAACUUACAAAAAAAAUAAAACGCAAGUUGCAAAUAAAUAAAAACAUCCACACUAAAA